CCGAGCAAACAAUAAACAGAUCGAAACAUGUGGUGGACACGGCAAAUAGCCUCAAAUUGCCAACGAUUGUCCGCUCAGUUGCAGUGGCAGCUGCGUUGCUUCAGCACACCGGCGGAGCAGACUCUGGGCAUCAUUGGAGUGCCCUUUGCCAAGGGUCAAUCGAAGCAGGGCGUGGAACUAGCUCCGGAUUUGCUGCGAGAGAGCAAAUUGCGUGAUGUGUUGAAGAACAGCGAUGAGCGCCUGGUGAUCAGGGACUAUGGGAAUCUUCAGUAUGCGGUGGAUGAGACGUUGCUGCAGCAGCAACGCCAGCAUUAUCACCACAUACGCAACUAUGCGGACUUUAUGGCCUGCAAUCUGGCGCUCAUUGAGCAGGUGCAGCAGAUGCUGAAGCAGAAUGCCCAAUUCCUAACCAUUGGCGGUGACCAUGCCAUUGGUUUUGGCUCCGUUGCGGGUCAUUUGCAGCACACGCCAAACUUGUCGCUGGUAUGGAUCGAUGCGCACGCGGACAUCAAUCUGCAUAGCACCUCGCAGUCGGGCAACAUACAUGGGAUGCCCGUCUCGUUUCUGCUGCAACAGCUGCGUGCCACCUGGCAGCAUGCCGCACUCGACAAGAUCGCGCCAAAUUGUUUGCCAAAGGAUCAGUUGGUUUACAUUGGUCUGCGGGACAUUGACCCCUACGAGGCGUUCAUAUUGAACAAAUUCGGAAUACGCUACUAUGCCAUGGAUUCAGUCGAUCGCGUUGGUGUGCCGAAGAUCAUAGAGAUGACACUGGACGCGUUGAACCCAUUGAAUAAGAUUCACGUGAGCUUUGACAUCGACGCUCUGGACAGCCAUGUGGCGCCCAGCACGGGAACAGCGGUGCGCGGAGGCCUCACGCUGCGGGAGGGAAUCAGCAUUGUGGAGGCGCUGCGUGAUACGAAACGUGUGCAGGGUAUGGAUCUGGUCGAGAUUAAUCCAAAGCUGGGCAGUGAGCAUGACGUACGGACGACGGUCGACUCGGGUUUGGAAAUAUUAAAGAGCAUGUUUGGCUAUCGUCGAUCUGGAGCCCGCGACUGGAACAACCUGGACACGGGCAUUCUAGGACGCGAACUGUGAUGACAUUGUUUUCAAUAUUGCUUUUUUUUUUUGCAUUGCAUUUCGUAUAACAUUUAUAUAUAUAUUUAUAAACAUAUAUUUUACGUUUAGCAUGCAGUUUAAAAUAUAAUGCAAAACAAAACAAAACAAAAACUGAUAAAAAAAAAAAAAACUGAACGAUAGCUAAACAAAUUGUGCAGGUCUAAGGCGGUAAAAUAUUGAAAAAACAAAACAAAAAACCAACAAAAACAACUUAAAAUUAUCUUAAAAAAUUAAAAAAAAAUAUAUAAGUCAAAAACAAGUGUUACGUGAAAAUUAUUUUAUAUCAACAUUUUCUAUACGCGCUAGUAUUUCAAAUUACCUAUGCUUUAACAUUAUUUACUUGGCACCAUUUUGUUCAGUUGACAUUUAUUUUUCUUGCUAUUCUUGUGUACCGUAAAAUUUUCAUGUUUUGUGAGGUACAUAUAUUUAACUACAUUUCUUUUUUAUUUGUGUAAUAAUACAACAAAAUUUUGUGCAUAUUUAGUGUGUAUGGUUACGAAUAGGACUCUCUUGGUUAAGCGUACAAUAAUUAAUCUAUUAUUAAUUAAAUAAAUACAAAAAAAAAGAAAUAUAAAAAA